AUGGUGGAAUUCAUGUUAGAGGAUGAUGAGGCGUACCAGUUAGAGGAUGAUGAGGGGUACCAGUUAGAGGAUGAUGUGGGGUACCAGUUAGAGGAUGAUGAGGGGUACCAGUUAGAGGAUGAUGAUGGGUACCAGUUAGAGGAUGAUGAGUUAGAGGAUGAUGAGGGGUACCAGUCAGAGGUUGAUGAGGGGUACCAGUUAGAGGAUGAUGAUGGGUACCAGUUAGAGGAUGAUGAGGUGUACCAGUUAGAGGAUGAUGAGGGGUACCAGUUAGGGGAUGAUGAGGGGUACCAGUUAGAGGAUGAUGAGGGGUACCAGUUAGAGGAUGAUUUAGAGGAUGAUGAGGGGUACCAGUUAGAGGAUGAUGUGGGGUACCAGUUAGAGGAUGAUGAGGGGUACCAGUUAGAGGAUGAUGAGGCGUACCAGUUAGAGGAUGAUGAGGUGUACCAGUUAGGGGAUGAUGAGGGGUACCAGUUAGAGGAUGAUGAGGGGUACCAGUUAGAGGAUGAUUUAGAGGAUGAUGAGGGGUACCAGUUAGAGGAUGAUGAGGGGUACCAGUUAGAGGAUGAUGAGGGGUACCAGUUAGAGGAUGAUGAGGCGUACCAGUUAGAGGAUGAUGAGGGGUACCAGUUAGAGGAUGAUGAGGGGUACCAGUUAGAGGAUGAUUAG